AUGGUCACUCGACGUGGCAUGCACUGGGCUUUCUUAAUCAUAUUUGGUUCAAGCGUUCUAGUUUGCUCCGUAGCAUCUUUGUGCCACCACAGGUGGCCGGUGCUGGUUGUAUUUGCCAUGGCCAUGGAGCUUGAGUAUCGAAACACAUUCAUCGACGUGAAGGAGGAGUUCGAGGACAUGGCGGGCAGCUCCAGCAAGGCCCGUGCGCAGAGCUCGCCGCCGGGGCGCGUGCGCCGCAUCAGCUUCAGCCUGGAGGCUGCCAGCGAGGAGGACGCCAUGCGCAGCUACGUGGGCACCCUCUCCCAGAAGACCGCGGACCUGACGAAGAAGCUCCAGGAGGACCAGACGCCCACAACAGCAUGCGGCUCCAGCCCUACCAGCCCAAUGAGCUGGGAUGACAGCCCUGGCAGCCAAGUGGGCGUGGAGCAUGUACCCGUCUUGGCGGAGUUCUUCCCGCUGCUGCCCAGCCAGGGCAGCCUUGGGCACCCGGAGGUGUGUCGGCGCCCCUGCAUCUACUUCAUCGCCGGGCACUGCGAGAACGGCCGUGCAUGCGCCUACUGCCACAUGGAGCACACGGAGAAGACGCCCAAGCUCGACAAGAGGCAGCGCACGAUCAUCCAAGGCCUCACCCGGCCGCAGUUGCUUGAGCUGGUGAUGCACUUCUGCCGAAGCAAAGCCGAGCAGGCGGGAUUCCUCGAAGAGGCCAGGGAGAUUCUGGGGCUGCUGGCCCAGGAGUCCGCCGGUGCGCGGCCUUUGGCCCAGGUCGUGGCGGACCGCGACCUCCGCAACCUCCACAAGACGCUCGCGCGCAUGAACUUCUCCAACUUGAUCGGCCUGGUGACGCACCAGUCCCCCAACCGCGGGGGGAACGCCACGCCGAGCGCCGACCUCCUGGCCGCGUCCCUGGAGCAACUCCGCCGGCACUUCCUGCCGACAGUGAACGCGUGA